GACCACACUCACACUGUACACUUUUUUUUUAUUAUUAUUAUUUUUUUGUUAAACUGCACUUCAACUGGACAUUAUAAGUCUAUAAAGUAGUCUGGCACCUGCAGUUCUUACUAAUUAAUUCAUUUACUAAAGAACACGGCACAUAAUCUAAAAAUAAGAAACGAAAUUGCGCACAAAAAUGAGAUGUGUUGUGCUCAAUUGUAGAAACGCUUCCAUACGCAGAUCCCACAGGGACCCGCAGCCGGUUUCCUUCUUCCAGUUUCCCAAGUCCCCGGAGUUAUUCAACAAAUGGCUAGCGUUCUGCCGCGGCUCAGAGAAUGCCUUAAAAGUAAAAAAUCCGUGCAUCUGCAUCGAGCACUUCCGAGACGAGGACAUAGAGGGGUCUAUCAAAUUCGAAAUGGGGCUUGCUAAGAAGAGAACGUUGCGCCCGGGUGCGGUUCCGUGCAUAAACAAGGGCUUGGAAAGCCCUGCGGAAAGAGCACGAGUUGAGCGCUCAAAGCGGCGUAGUAACCAUAAACUGGUGGCUGAACUACUCCUAGAGGAUGAGGCCAGGUCCAGUGCUGCCACAGAAGUGGUUCCCACGCCCAACUAUGUUCGAUUGAACACGGGAAUUGCUUCGGCUCCCCCAUUCGUUAGUCCCAAGCCGACAGAAGAUGAGUUGCUGUCUGUUUUCGUGGAGGACGAUCCUCUUGUGCCCGCAGCAAAGGCAGAAACGAGGGAGAAGUGUCGCACCUGCUACAAGGACUUUGUUGUCGAUGACAAUGCCAAAGACCUCUUCGACCCGGCCAACAGUGUGCUGAUUUUUCACAUCGAAGUCAUUAGCGGAGUUUGGAUCAGGAAAAUCGAAGGGGAACCCCAGCUCAUGUGUCCCGCUUGUCAGAUGUCCCUUCAGCUGGCGAUCGAAUUCCGGGAGAUGUGCAUUGGCAUUGAGCUGAAGCUCACCGAGCCCAAGCUGGAAGUUGAUGAAGAACCCGAUCUGGAGUCAGUCCAGGAAGAGUCAUCAGAACUAGAUGUUUAUUCGGGCUCGGAAUAUUCAAAUCUCGACGAAUAUCCGGAGGAGCCUGUGGUGGACGAAAACCUCCCUCAUACCGACUCGAAGCCAGAGUCGGUGGAAUCUCCCGAGUUGGGUUCACACGACCCGCUUAGUGUGGCCCCUGGAGCUGCGAUUGUCAAGGAGCUGAUAAGCCAGUAUACGGGAAAGUCCACGACCAAAUCAAGAAAAGAGGCGCCUGUUGCAAAGACAACCGACCCCAAACCUACUACUGUGGGUCCCGAGGAAAAACCGAAGAGAAAAGCCAACGCUAGGACCAAAGAAGAGAGGAAUCUUAUACGUCGAGCUCAGAUCCGAGCCAGGCCAACGAACUUUGUGUGCGAUCAGUGCGGUCAGGCCUUCCGCAUGGCUCACAAUCUGCAAAUCCACAUACUCCGGCACACCCGUACCAAGAACUACCAGUGCUCCGAAUGCCCCAUGACCUUCUACGAUGCCUACAUGCGCAACAUCCACAUCCGAAUCAAGCAUCGCGGAGAGACGCCCUUUAGCUGCAGAUACUGCAAAGCAACGUUUGCCUAUGCGGGAGCACGUCAGAAACACGAAAGCGGUGUCCAUGGAGCACCGCCGCGCCGGAUCGUGAAACGAAUCAAUCCCCAGCCCAUGCCCCGCACCAAAACGCGGUAUCAUUGUGAACUCUGCGAGAAACACUACGCCUCGAAGUACGCCCUGGCCUGGCACGUCAAGUCGCACACGGAUGCGGGCGCCUACAAGUGUCAGCUGUGCGACAAGAGCUACUCGGAUCCGGGCACGCUCAAGCGCCACGAAAUAACCCACGACGACAAGAGACCGCUGCAAUGCGAGGUGUGCCUGAAGGGGUUUUACCAACUAACAAAGCUCCGGGAGCACGAGCUCAUUCACACUGGCGAGCGUCCCUAUCGGUGCGAGAUCUGUGAUGUUCAUUUCCGCUACAAGUACAACAUGAAGGUACAUGCAAACAGCAAAAUGCACCAGGAGAACCUCUUGAAGGCGCAGCAGUCCAAUCAAAUUGUUGAAAUUUAAUUAACAAAUCGUUUUCCUAUCCGAA